AUGAAAUUCACGGCAAAAAUCAAGCUUUGGGAGGCCAGAUGGACACCAGUAACGCUGCGAAACCAGUCUCCGGCCACAACGGCGCCACCCUACACCGGACGGGAUCAUCCAUUGAGAGCCAUUUGUGCACAGCCGCCUGAAAAGACGAGGUUGACCCAACUUGAUGAUAUCAACGAAGAUUUGCCGUUAGCAGCCUCCCCUCUCUCACCAGUUGAAAAAAUCGAGGACUUGAUGGAGCCCGUGCUUCCCCAUUCCUAUUGCGAACAAGGGAGCGGCAGUAUCCCUCGCAUCAAUCGUCAGACUUUGCUCGGUGUUCUUAACGGACAAUACAACACGCAUUUCGACAUCAAGCUUAUCGUAGACUGCAGGUUUGAAUACGAAUACCAUGGUGGGCACAUCAUCGGUGCUAUCAACUACAGCGAUGAAAACAUGCUGAUCGCGCAACUUUUCGGUAGCCCCGUUAGGGGCCGAACACUCAUUAUCUUUCAUUGCGAAUACUCAGUUUACCGUGCCCCUUUGAUGGCUCGCUAUGUGCGCGCUGCGGACCGCAUGGCCAACUGCGAGCAUUAUCCCCAGCUUGAUUAUCCAGAGAUUUACAUUCUCGAGGGCGGCUACAGCCUUUUUUUCAAAGAGUAUCGCAAUAGGUGCUACCCACAGACCUACGUCGGAAUGGGCGCCCCCGAGCACAAGCUCACAUGCGAGCGUGAACUGGGCCGUCUGCGACAGAAGCGCAAAGGUUCAAAGACUGGUGUUCUGGAUAUUGCAAAAUACGGCCCUUUGUGCAUAUCAGAGGCCAGCCAGUCCCCAGGGGCCGGUUCCGAGUUGGAGAGGAGCGCGAGACCACCACGAUCCAAUUUGCGUCAUUGA